AUGAAACUUGGAGUGGAACCCCGACGCACCCUUUUGACCCCGGAAAGACUGAGGAGGAAGGGAGCAGCAGCGGCGGCGGCGGCAGCAGUAGCAGCAGCGAGGAAAGCGGCAGUGAUGGGAGCGGGGACGAGGGGUUGGAUGAAACCUGGAGUGGAGCCCCGACGCACCCCUUCGACCCCGGUAAGACAUCUUCGCGUGGCCCGAGGAGACGGCGGGCGGUACCAGGGAUAACAUACCCCUUCGAUAGGGGCAGGAACGGGAGUGGCAGCUCCGGCGGCGGCACCGGCGGCAGCAGCAGCAGCGACGGGAGUGGCGGCUUCGGCCAGAGGUCCGACGGCAGCAGCAGACGGCAGAGGCGGCUUCGGCCAGAGCCCCGUUGGCGGCAGCGGCGACAACGGUGGCGGUCGUAGAGGCGGCAGCAGCGACGUCAUCGGCAGCCGUGUUGGCGCCGGACCUCAUGGCGGUCGUGGCAGUGGGGGAACGGUAACGGCGGCGAUGGCAGCGGCGGAAGCAGCGGCGGCGCCCUCGAGUCGACCAGGGACGGGGAGGACAUGGUGGCAGCGACAACCUCAACUUGGUACAACCAAGUGGGAGGACAUUUGAAACGUUUGCGAGUUUGUUCGAUUUUGUGAGCAGACAUGGACGUUCUAGCGUCGCCGGUUUCGCAUUCAUCUUUUUGUUCUGUUUUUCCCUUGCUAGCGCACCGUUCGAUUUGAUGCAGAAAACACAUGUGUACCACAGCGUGUGCGUAAUUUUUGAACUUGUUUUCAUGAUAACUGCACGCUGCGACAACAUAACAUUGCCACAACACGUGGAAUAGGAAGCAGCACGUGGGUCAUACAUAUUUUGUUGUCUUUGGUUCUUCGUGUAUUUUCAGUCGCGUUUUACCUUGCCGCUGAGUUCCAGUUGAGGAGAAUUGUUUGCAUACGGUACGAACUUUUUCUGGAGUUUGAUGCCCUGUGUGUUGCGUGUUGUCAUGUUUUUGGUUUGCAUCGAUUUUUUGCUACUCUUGCAUAAAAAAUCAUGGGGGGGAAUGUCAUGUAUCACCAUGAUUCUAGAAUGCACGAGCAGCAAUCGAAUUGGUUUAUUUUCUGGUCUUGUCCAUUUGUGUUUUAGGUGGACGUCAAAGCACGGGGGCUGUUGGCAUCGAGAUAUUAGCUCGGGGUGAUUUUUCGGAGCUGUCAGCAGGGGGCUGUUUGCAUGGAUGCUGGCUUUGUUUUGUACCGUUUCUUGGACAAUGGCGAUGGCGCCGAUUGGCGGGUGCGCGUUGUUUAGGAUUUGGUCCUUGGACACUAUGUUGGAGGAAGGGUUUGAAGUGUUUUGUCGAUUAAUGGUUAGGGCCGUUGUGCUUUCCGAAUUCUCGUUUCGAUUGGUCAAGAAGUUGAGUUUUUUGUUUGUUUGAGGAUUUGGUGACAACUCUUCUGAAGUUGUUUUUCCAGAAAUAUCCGUUUUCGUUCUACGCUUUUCUGAUGUAGCACAAAUAAUUUUGUCGGGUACUUUUCUGAGGAUGAUUCUUUUGUGACAACGGUUUGAGAUUAUUUCCAGGGACGAACGGGUUGGAUUCAUGAAUACUGAUGGAGACGCUUUGUGUUGAAUGCGUAGCCAGUUUUGUUUGAUAUGUUUUCUCAAGGGGUGUUUGUCUGUGUUGGCUGAUUACGCGUGAAGGGUUGCAAGAUCGUACAUCGUACAAGGUUUCCCUGCGGGAGGUAGGUGAUUUGCCUCCCGGGGGCGACGCAAGAGGACAUGGCCAAUCAAUGCCAUCGCGGUCGCACGGUUGGUCUUUAUAACGUUCGGUAGUGCCGGCUUGAGUGCAACCUGCACUUAUACAAUUUGCCUGGAAUUUGGAUCAUAUGUACGGGGAUUUGUUUUCUCCCGCCGUGACGUUCCCUUGUGCGCGAGUGAGUGGUUUUGGCUGGCGGUUUGCUGCAGGUCCUACUGCUGUCGUCCGCUGCGUUUGAUCACUUUCGCUUCUUGUGUGAUCGUGUUUCCCAUGGUCUGUGGGCCUUUCUCACGUAUACACCAACAACAACGGAUCAAAGAGACGUUCAACGUGCUCAAGAACAGUCACAGAUAGAUGUAGACUGCUGACCGUACCAAACUUCAAUAUAUGACCUUCUUCGAUUUUUCGGAACUGAAAUGUACAAACUUUUGUA